GCUCAAGAUACAUAUUCAAGACCUGCAGUUAUGCUUUGCAUCACGAAGUCUCUGGUACAGUGGGAUCCCCUGCUCUCACAACAAACUGAAUUUUCUUGGUUGAUGAGCAGGGUCGGUGUGAUCCCUGCUCAAAAGAUUGCCAGUACUUCUUACCGUUCUAGUCAAGUUUUAUUGUUAGCGUGUUUUAUGCGAGUGGAUGCCGCCAAUUGCACAAUCAGGUGUUCUCGAUCUGCAAGCCUACCUGGAUUCUUGUAGCGAGGAUGUCCGAACUCUUUUUGAAAAAGAAUGUUCCGUCAUGCUUGAGUGCAGAGCGUGCAAAAGUAUAUUUCGGAGUUUUGUCAAUUUCUUCUCCCAUAAGCGGGGGUUUUGCAGAGUGGAAUGUCAGGAGAGCAAUGAAAGCUCACUGCCUUCAUCUCCAAAGAAGGUGGGACUUCGACGCACGAAUAUAGCGAAGCAUGUUUUUAAGAAAAUUGGAGUCACUGAGAUAACAGGCGACGAUCCUUCCGCUUCAGCGUUCGUCCACACUCUUCCAAGUCAUCGCAGGGAGGUGGUAGCUGUAGUAGAUCGUGAUGGCACGCAACGGAUCUGUUUGCCUACCAUGAUGUACGACGAUUCCGAUUUACCCCCGGAUAAAGUUUUACUCCUACGACCUCAGGUCAAUGCGGCCAGAUAUCGCAGUAUGAAUCUGCGGAUGCGUUUGAAAAAUGACGUUACUAGACCGGUAUCAGAAGAAGAGGUUGAAUGCAUAGAACGAAUCCUGAAAUAUUUCCCGAACAUGGUGGAGCCGACUGCUUGUCGCUGUUUAUGCACAUCUUGCGCGGACAUAGCGCCAUUCGGAAGCACCUCGGCAUUGGCAUAUCAUAUGUCCAUGAAACAUACCGUUCGUGAGGAAGGUUCGAAUGCAAUACCUUGCCUUCUUUGUCCGAAAAAGUUCAUAACCUCUGCUCCUUUCAUUGCACACGUGAAAAGAAAGCAUGCUAGGGUAAAGCUAGAGCAUCUCGCUUUUCGCAAGAAAGAAGCAGGCGAAGCUUUAGCCAAGAAGAAGGGAAAACGUAUAAGAGGGAAGACCGGUGAGCAACCUCCUAACAUCUGCAUACGCUCGCGCAGUCUUAGUCCAGAUCCAGAAGAAACUUGCGAAACUAACGAUGUAAGUGAAGAGAACGGUUUCGAUGGCCCGCCAGUUUUGGAACCGGAGGACACAAAAAAUCAGGAAGAAGUUGCUAGCAUUCGUGAUUCUCCUGCGCCGGAGAUCUCCUGUAGUGAUAGCUCGCCUUCUCAACCACUGCAUCAGUUGUCGCCACAUAUCGACGAUAAAGAAGAGAGAAGCAAUACUGUGUGUUCCAAUGCAUCUGGUGAUGAAGAAAAGCCACUGAGUGCUUGUGCAAUGCGGAAACGACGUAAGCGAAAAAUCCCUGCACGUUAUAGAGAUGAUGAGUUUGAGACCUAUGUUAAAGAAAGCGAUCACUCCAGAAGUUCCUCGAAAUUGCGUCGCAGCUCUCCGCUUAGUUCGUCUUCACACACCCCUGAGAAAAGCUCCAGUUCCACGGUGGCACGUUCUGAUACAGUGGCAAGUGAUGUUAGUGAAGUUGUGCGACGUCUGGUCACUACCGUUUCCGAUCUCUUAUCCGAAGAACAGCCAGCUGUUCCACAUCCUACGACGGUUCGUACGAAGUCAUCGAGAUUGCGUAAGAGACCGGACUGGAUGGAUAAUGAAGAUUUUGUCAUUGUUGAUGAGAGGAAGAAUCGCCGUGAAAGCACAACAGAUCAUCCAGUCUUGCGCGUUUAUAACUCUGCAGAAACGGUUCCUUCCCAUUCGUCGACAAAGUCGGUGGGAAGUGAAAGCAAUGAAAGCGGUACGUCUACUCCUACAUUACCAAAGGACACCCACAACACUUCGGUCAAAGUGACUCGACAGCGACGAUCACCAGCCAAUUUAUUGGACUCUGUUGGGAACCUUUCGAAUCGACGCAAGCAGAAUUUGAAUGCAAUAAAUGACGUAGAGGAUAAUGUAACGAUUCUCUUCAAAAACGGAAAGCCAAGCAAGGUGGACGAUCUCGCUAUGGUUCCCGUCUAUCUGUCUAGUGCACAGAAGCAAUUGUUUUUUUCUUCUCUCAAACAAAUCCAUCCUGAUGAACCAGACGGGAAGCACAUUUGUUCACAAUGCAACGAAGUGGUGCCGAACCUCAAGGAGGGACGUCGACAUAUGGUAACACAUAUACGAGUAAUGCGACUUCGUUGUUCUUUAUGCGGAGCGGGUUCAUUCUUUUGUACGGAUUUGCGGGUGCAUUUAAUGGAAGGUUACUGCGAAAAAUUACAUCGUGCACCAGAAGGAGUAGUUGACUUGGACCGCCGUCCAUGUAUGACCAAAGAGCAGGCCGAUUCUCUUUCCGAGUUGGUCGAUCCGAUCAAUCCUGGAAGAGUGAUGUACACCAGUGGUCAGAUUGUUUCUGCAAAAAGCCGCAUCCCGUAUUAUCCUGACCCUGUGAUAGAGGAGCGAAUACUUGGACCUGGUAGAGUUCUCUGCCGCUCAACUCCAACACGCACGAAGAGGACUUAAAUUGCGUGAGAUUGUGAAAAAGAUUAUAUGAAAUAAAAUUUUUAAACUGCUU